CCACCCAUCCACUCCUCCAUCCACCCCUCUAUCCACCCAUCCACGCACCCACCCAUCCACAUACCCACCCCUCCAUCCACCCAUCCACACACCCACCCAUCCACCCAUCCACACACCCACCCAUCCACACACCCACCCAUCCAUCCACCCAUCCACCCACCCCUCCAUCCACCCAUCCACCCCUCCAUCCACCCAUCCACACACCCACCCAUCCAUCCACCCAUCCACCCCUCCAUCCACCCAUCCACACACCCACCCAUCCAUCCACCCAUCCACCCACCCCUCCAUCCACCCAUCCACCCCUCCAUCCACCCAUCCACACACCCACCCAUCCACGCACCCCUCCAUCCACCCAUCCACCCACCCCUCCAUCCACCCAUCCACACACCCAUCCAUCCACCCACCCACCCAUCCACGCACCCCUCCAUCCACCCAUCCACCCACCCCUCCAUCCACCCAUCCACACACCCAUCCAUCCACCCAUCCACCCACCCCUCCAUCCACCCAUCCACCCCUCCAUCCACC